UGAUGGUGUCGUUGAAGCUCUGCCGUUGCGCUAUCGGCCCCUUACGUCCGGCUAAAGCAGAUAGAGGCAGCCUACUCGUGUUUAUUCAUGAUGCCAUCGUAGCCUGUGGAAACUAAUGACGUUCAAUUGAUUGCGAAACGGAGAUGAGUAGAUAUCGUGUUCAUUUAUGAGGCCGUUGUGUAGCUGGUGACGAAAUGAAAUGACGUCAAACGGCGUGUGAAAUGGAGCUCCGUGCUUCAUGACGAGGAGGAGCCAAUCGUGAUCCUCUUAGUUGCUCCUCUUAAAGCUCAAUUAGUGCUCCUAGCGCGUUAACUUUCCUCGGAAACUACUCCCCAUGCCGAAAAAGAACCCCAAGUCGAAACGCGCGGCGGCGAAAUCCGCCGCGCAGCACGCCGAGGAUGACGAGCCGCCGUCCUUAUCCAUCGCGGCGGUCGCGCGCGCCGCGUCCGAAGCCGUGGCGGCAGACCUAAUGUCGGCGGCAGAAUCCAUGUCUGCCGAUCGACUGCGCGCCGAUGGCGUCAUCUCCGCUCUCCCCGCAAUCUCCGUCUCCGUCCCCGGCGGCGUCGCCGCCGCUUCCGCCGCGAAUGACGGCGCCGGCGUCGCCAUCGCUGCCGGUGGCCGAUCCAGAAGCCUGUCCGUCUCGCCUGCCGGUAGUCCGUCAGCCAUUGCUGCCGCCGCGACUGCCGCUACAGGAGUUGGUUUCACGGCUAAGAGUAACCUAGCUUCCAGUCCCCGUAGCGCCAGCGGCGGCGGCGGAGGCGGCGGAGGCGGCGGGAGUGGGGGGGGGACGGGGAGGAAGCUCCGUGUGGGGCGGCAGCGAUCUUGGCUGCCACGUGGCAGCCCGUCAGCGGCGCAAGCAGCGUCAGCGAGCUCGCCGUUUACAUCGACCCCCUGGCCCAUGUGCAGAUUCCGCCUCUCCACGCUUCUCGAGAUUGCCUUUUCCUUCCUCCUCCUCUUCGUCACCCUCCUGCUGCACCGGGGGGGCUGCCUCUCCCCCUCCUCCCCCGCCUUCCCCCACUGCUGGCGCAACCUGGGGGUCUCCCUCCCCCCAUCCCUCCGCCCACCCCUCCGCUCUGCCCUGCAAGGGGGAAGAGAGGGGGCAGGAAGGGGAGCGCAAGGAGAGGGGGGGGAGGAAUGGGGAGGUCAAGCGGAAGGGGAGGCGGAGCAUGGGGGAAGGAGGAGGGGGGACGAGUGGGUGCUGAGGCCUGACGAGAGGUUCAUGUGGUUCGCCAGCCACGGCGGAUUUGGUAACCAGGUGAUUCAACUGGUGUGGGGCCUUCGACUGGCUGGUCUCUUAAACCGCACGCUGAUCAUCCCUCCCAAGCUCUCGCACUUUGCCAAGUCGUCGGGAAUUGGGCGCUGCGACCGCAACCCCACCAAGCCGGAGAGGACGAGGCACGAUGCAUGGGGGCAUUAUUCCGACAUGAUGCGAGGAGGGAAGGGCUAUGUGUCCAUGUCCGAUGUGCUCGAUUUCAAGACUCUGCCACCCGCCCUCAUCCGCACCAUUGAUCUGCGGCACUUCGCCGCCCGGUUCUGCCACUGUGACGUGGCUGCGGCUUGCUAUGGCACUGGGUGCAGGGAGCUGACUCACGCUCAUAACCAUGAUGCCCACUCACGUAAGGACGACAAGUGCAUGUGGGAGUGUGGGGCCAAGCUAGGGGCGCAGGGGGGGGCGAGUAAGAAGUGGAAGCAGCAGGGGGUGCUGUUUCCCAUUGAUAACACGUGCAAGGAUACCCUUUGGACAAUUGGCAACUAUGCCAGUCUCAAGGACCUGGUGGCAGCAGUGGGGGAGAAGGAGCCAGCAGUGCCCGCCUUUGCUCACAUCAACGUGAAGCGCAACCGCAACGAGCCGGUGCCACUCAACAUCUACUCCACCCUCGGGGACUCGUCUCCUGCCAAGGACAGCAAGGUGCUGGCCUUCCCCUCGCUCUUCCAUCCGCGCAUUGCUGACAUCAACCUGGAGUGGGACGACCGCGUGCAAGCGAUUAGAGAGGCCCCCGUAUCAAUGCCCUUCACGCCCCCCAUAAUGGAUCUGGCGCGUGAUUUCAUCUACAGCAGCAUCGGGCGUCCCUUUGGGUGCAUGCAAGUGCGGGGCACCGACGGCAUGUUCGUCAAGUCGCUAAAGAACACUCUUAAAGAUGCAGAAGCGACGUUAAAAGAGAUGCUUAAGCGCAACCCCAAAGCCCACGCCCCACCUCUCAAGUUCCCCCUUUUCCUUAUGACCGACAUUCCCAAAGCCUCCUGGAAAGGAACCUUCCUAGAGCACCUUGGUGAAUUUCCUGUAGAGCUGUUUACUGUGGACAGCAUAAUGGGGAGGGUUAACACUGCAGCGAGGACGAUAUUAACGGAAGAGAUUGGGCUGUAUGCGAACAGGGGGCAGGUGCACCUGACUGCUAACGGGGCUGCUAGUAUGGGGGAUGGCACUGCUGGUGGUGGCGGUGUUGGACCCCAGACUCCAAAACGACAAGGUAGGCGAAGGCUGGCAUAUGGAGGGGAGGGUGGCAGAGCCAAGCACAUGCAAAGAGCAGAGGAUUUUGUGGGAUUGCAAGAGGUGAAGGGAGUGGGUGAGUCAGGGAAACUGGAGGAACUGGCAGGAAGGCGCAGGCUAGGAGGGGAGGAGGGGAGGGUGGAGGAGCUAGAGGACAUUGUGCUGUUUGUGGAGCAGGCGAUCUGCUGCCAUGCCACCUUGGGCACGUUCACCACCUUCAAGUCCACUGCUGGGAGCCUCGUGCAUGCGCUGAGGCGGGCGGGUAACUGUGUGGUGGAGGAGGAGGCGUUCAGAAAGCAGGGCAGAUAGAGCACGAGGAGAUUGAGGCCAUUCAGCAGGCCAUCUUCUGCCACACCACCUUGGGCACGUUCACGACUUUCAAGUCCACUGCGGGGAGUCUGGUGGUGCAUGCUCUCAGAAGCGCUGGAAUUGUGUUGUUGAGGAGGAGGCUUUCAGAAAGAAGGGCAGGUAAGGGUAUGAGAGCACUUGGCGUCUGGCAGCAGCAACCAGCCUUGUGCAUGUGCUGAACCUCGACUGUGAUACGGUUUUUAGAAGUCUAAAAAACCUAUCUGCUGAGCCUCGUGCAUGUGCUGAGGCGGAUGGAAGCGCUGUGGUGAAGGAAGAGCCGUUCAGAGAGCAGGGAGGGAGGGAGGAGGUGAAGCGGGGGCGGGGGGAGGGGGGAAGGGAGGGACAACACUCAACAGAGUUUCGUGGUGGUUGUCUCGCUUUUCAAGUCCACUGCAGGGAGUCGGAUGCAUGCGCUGAGACCGCCUGGGAACAGUUUUUGAGGCGCCUACAAAACGGUUGGGAACUUGGGAACUGUUGUGGAGGUGUUUAGGAACGAAGGGAGGGGGGUGGAUGAGGGGUGAUGGACGGAUCAUAGGACGGAACGGGCCUUGCAAGUUGCAAGCUGUGUAAUGUGGUAUUGUUGGAAUGGGAGUGACUCAAGAAGGGCUGUGUGGAC